AUGCUAAGCAAAGCCAAGAAAGGUUCUCACAUUCGCACAAGAGAUAAUAAGGGGUUUGAAAUGAAAAGGCUUAGGUUUAAGUGUCCCCCAAAGAACUGGGAGACUAGGUCGUGGUCUGGAGAUGGGAGACGGCCAUCAGGAGCACUCCAUGCAACUGGGUUGCCUCUUGCGGCUCACUCGAUCGAGCUUGCUCUUGACUCGAUCGAGUUGUGCCUCGAGUUAGCCACUUCCUUCCUAAAACCUGCUCCUGUGAGACUCAGCCAAGAAAAAUCAUAA